GCGUUGCUACUGUUUGUGUUGUUGUUGGUGUUGCAGCUACCGACACACGGAGCAAAGUUUUAAUCACGACCACACCGAGGCACAUUUAUCGGCAACCGGAAUCAGUGUAAUUAAAUUAUGAACGUCCUAUUAUAUACAGUUAGCAAAGGCACACACACACACACAAAAUCAUACAGUUUAAUGCAGCAUUGGCGCUUUCGGCCGAUUCGCACGGAAGCGCGGCGUGGCAAGCGUUUGUGUCGAAAUUGCGCUUACAAAUGCGACUUUUAAUUUUUAUCCGACUCUUUAUUGAGUUUGCAUUUUUACUGCUGCCGCAGACAAAAGUGCAGUUGUUGGCGCAAUCGCCGGCUGCUGUUGGUGGUGGCGGCGGCGGCGACGGCGUCUGGCAAAAACAAUAUCGAAUCAAAACUUUUCGCAUAUAAAAAUGUGCAACGGCGUCGAAAGUUUUUCAUUAGUGCAAAAAAGUUCUCACUUGUCAGCCAAACAGGGGGCAAAAACGCUUUGUAUAGUGUAAACGCGGCAAACGAGUCGAGUGGCGGUUGCAAUUGCCGUGGAAUUUUUGCGAAAUACAAAUUUUACCGUUACUUUAUUUUUGGCAUUCCCAUUUCCUUUGCUUCGCGCUGAUAUUGUGCAAGAGUCAUAAAAUAAAUUCGCGUUUUUGCUCAGUGUAUGGUUUUUUUUUUUAGGUUUUGUUUUUGUACAACUUGUUGAGUAUGUAUCAAUUUGGUGCGCAUGGAAAACACGCAACAACAACAGCAAUAAGCGCGCUUGUGGUGCCUGCGGGCGGCGGUAAAGGAAUGUCAUCAUUACCUGGUCUCACUUGGUUGGCGCUGCUGGCGGUGAUUGUGGUGUUCGUGUUGCCACCUGGUGCUGUCACAUCGACACCAACCGCGCCCACUCGCAGUUUCGUGGAGGCCUGUCAAGUGAAACACAACAUCACCAUGGAGGAACUGGAUGAAUUUCCCACUGAUCCCAGUCCGGAAGAUAUCGACAUAAAAUUCAAAUGUUAUGCCGAUUGUCUACUAAAUGGCAUGGGCUUCAUGGACUCAAAUGGCAAAUUGAAUGCCAAAUCAUUGCAUGAAUGGGGCAUUUUGAAUGAUGAAAGCUACGACAAUAUGCUUGAGUGUAAGGCCGCCAAUGAUAUGGAGGAUGAUCCGUGCGAAUAUAGCUUCGGCAUGAUGUUAUGCGCUCGUAUGCUCGAUUCGGUGGAGAUGGACAACUACAGUGACGAAAUGGACGAUGCGGCGGUGGAAGAGCGUAAAAAGUGAGCGGCAGCUAGAUUUAUGGAUCGCUGAGUAAUAAGUCCAUAUUUCGAUGGCAUCUAAAUUAGUGGCUAACUGAAAAUUUUAUAAAUUCGGUAUUUUCAAUAUGUUAUCUAAUUAUAUACUUGUUUCUGCGUAAAAUAAAUUCAAAUAACUUUAGAGACAACAAUAAAAAGCUUGGAACAUAUUUUAAUAGUAAUAACUUCAAGAGACCAACUAAAAGAAAACAAUUGCAAUAGAACGUGUAAGUUGACAUUGGAUCUUGAGAUAGCUUUAAGCUGUACACACCUGUAGCAGUUUGAAAUGUUAAAGAAAACUACUGGCUCUAAUCAGACAACAUCAAUAAUGACAGUGAAGUAACCCAAAGCGUCAUACAAAAUUAAAAAAGUUAAGCAGAAGCAUACAAGAAGAGCACUAGUUGUGUCCAAUUUGUGAUUACGAGUGAGGAUUAAGUCUAAAAUCAAAUGUUCUGUGUACUGAGAUAAAAUUGUGGCCAAAAAACUGAGAAAAAUUUUACAAGUCGGUAACAGCUCCAUCAAUACUAUAGUCUACUGAAUAAUUGAUAGAAGACCUCUUAAUAAGAUUUAAAAAAAAUUUACAUCUUAAGUUCACUUUUCUUGUUCACCAAAGCAAAAAUAGUCUGUAUA